AUGGAGACGCUGUCCGCUUCAAUGUCGAGACCAGCACAAGGCGGACAAGCAAAAUUCUGCAAGCCGACCGAGAGCCAUGCGCCAACAUGGUGUAACUGUAGAUCGGCAGGGCUGAAGUUACAAAAGGAGCAGUUCUUGAGGUGGUUGGUUGAAUUAAACUCCUGGAUAUACUGCGGAGAUGCGCCGGGAGAGCGUUCGCACAGCCUUGGCGGCAACCUUCUUUGGAUGUUCUUCCACGCAUUCCAAGUUGCGUUUCUCGUAUACCAACUGUUCGGCCACGUCCGCUGGGCCAGGGUCCCAGCGGACUGCGUAAACAACGCUAUUGUUGGCAGCCGAUGUGUGGUAUUUGCAGCUCAGCCUCUCACGACACAUGGCUGCUCUGAUCUGAACUUGCGUGUCCAGUUGACGGGCCACAGAAGAGCGAGCCGCCAGUUAAGGCUCCUUCAGGGUGAUCGGAACUUGCCGUUCGGCGAUCCGACAAGCCAGAAGACGCUAAGAAUGUUUCGUCAUGAUCACCUCCUAUUCGGGAGGGACAGACGGCGGGAGCAAGAGCAUCGCUUUCCCUCGUGUGAAAUUGGUGUGUUUUUGCCCCGCUUAUUCGGGAUGAGUACUGGGAAACAUUCCGAGUCACCACCGCCCCGGGCCACAACUGGCUUCCCACCCCAGUGUCAUACCUGCCGAAAGCGAAGGGUCCGAUGCGACUCAUCACGCCCCGCCUGCAAUAAGUGCACCGCCAAGGGUGUUGAGUGCCUGGGAUAUAGCAAACAAAAGCCUCUGGUCUGGCUCCAGGGGGGAGGAAACCAAAACCAAUAUCUGGCCGAGGGAAAUAAUUUGGAGCCGCCGAAGAGGAAGAAAGGGAGGCCGAAGAUUAUAAUUGCAAAGGACGAUGCGAAAGAACCAAUAAAGUCCCCCGACCUGGAGAAAGAUGACAGAUCUGAGGUACUGGAGCUUGUGGAAACCGCUUGGGUUUACUACCAAGAUCUCCCAACAAUCGACCCCAAAAGCUGGCAAGAUGACGUCUCCAAUUUACUGUUUAGUAUACUCGUCUCAGCCGUUGCAACUCAUCAAGCUAUAAAAUCGCAGCAGGACGAACAUAUAACCCUUGGCCGGGAGAUUUACCAGUAUAAACAGCAGGCUUUUCGCAGAUUAAAUUGCGAACUCAGGAAUCCUAAGACUCAGUUAGGGGAUAUAACGCUAAUUUGUGUAUUGACAUUACUGUUAGUGGAGACCCAGCAAUCAGCCUAUGGUGAAUGGUUCGCACAUUUUGAAGGUGCAACGACGAUAAUCGGAUUGAAAGGGGGUUUAAAAGCCGUUCUUGAACGGUGCCCCAUAUUGAAAAGUGCUCUAACAUGCUACUUAAUGUGGCACUACAUCCCGGCAGUCGUUCCCCACGGAGACGCCGCGGGCGAAUUCAUACAGCCAGAUCGAAGCCACUGGCUCCAAAUAGCCGCUAUUUAUCAAUCUGCAGUCCUUCUAUACUGCAUAAGGUCUCUUGCUCUGAACUUUGAAGGCCUCAUUCUCGCCUCGUGCGCUUCAGAUGCAACUCCAGAUAUGAUAUCCUAUGUCACUGUUCAAGAUAUUCAGAUUGUAGCACGACAAACGCUCUCGGACAACUUGGGCAAAAUAUUUACCCCAGAAUCUGAUCUACGCCGUCAAUCUUUGGCGCGAGUGGUUACAUGGCCGCUGUUCGUAGUUGGGAUUGAAGCUGCUCAUUCAUGA